AUGAUUACCUUAUUUUAAUCCAUAUUGUUGUUGUUUUAUGUUAGAAUAGCAGAAUGUUGUACAUAAAUACCAAACAACGAAUUAGUACUUGUGAAUAAAAUUAAUGAAACAUAAAGUAUGGAUAUUCAAAAUUUAUUUAUAAAAUAAGAGCAAUCUUAAAUAUUGUUAAUAGCAAAUGAUGAUGACAUAAAUAUUUAAUAAUAUUUGUAGACUCAUUCUAAUAAGAACAAUUCUUUCAAUAAUAUAGUAAGUGUAAAGUAUUUGAGAUCUUAUUUAGACUACAGCGCAGUAAAUCAAUAUGUAUUAUUGAAUAAAAUUAAUGAUAAAUAUGAAAUAUACACAAAUAGUUAUUAAAUUGAAUACAAUUAGCGUUUACCAGAAUUCAAAUAAUAUUUUGAAAUAAGUAAUUAAAUUUGUUAGGAUAUUGAGAUUAUGGAUAGAUACACUCUAAUCUUAGAUUGUUAUAAUUAAACCAGCAAUGUAUUCAUAAUUUAAAGAGAGUCAAGUCAAAUUUAAUAUUUCACUUAAAAUCAGACUAAAAAUCUUAAAAUAAAAAGAAGAAUCUUUGCUUUUUAGGAUAACAUAUUGAUUCGAGUAUUUUAUUAUGAUGAUGAACACUAAUAGUCAUGGAUUCAAUUUAUAUAAAUUGAUGGAACAGUUUAAGAAAUUCUUGAAAUAGAUGAUAAAUAUAUCAAUCAAAUAUUUAAUGAUACAAAAACAAUAAUUCAAUUAUAAAUAGUUUAAGUGUAAAUUGAAUAAUAAAUAAUAACAAUAUUGAACAACAAUUAAUGGGUAUUAUCAAUCAAUGCUAAAGAAUUCCCUUAUAUUCUUAUAAAAGAGUAUUUUAACCCUGAACUUUAAUUCCCAGUAUUAUAAAUGGCAUAUCAUAUCUAAAAUUAGUAUUUUGCUUUUCUAACAUAAUAAUCAAUUCAUAUUAUUAGAGGUAAUCAAACGAAUACAAAAAAGAUUGAUAAUUCAGAAAAGCAAUAUGAAAUUUAUUUUACCUAGAAUAGUCUAAUUGUAUAUAAAGAAGGAUAAUUAAGUUUAUUACAAUUCAAUUUAAAGAAUUUAUCAACAAUUUUGAUAGAUGAGAACUCUGUAUUAAUUAUGGACUAAACUUUAGAUGAAAUAAUUACAUUAAAUGAAUAGAGAAGUUAAAGGAUCAUAAUUAGAAUGCAUUAAAGUUUAUAUUUUAAAUCAAAUUCUUUGUAUUAAUAAAUUCGUUAAGCUACUUUGAUAUAGUAAGUAAAUAUACUCUAAUCUUGUGUUCUUAAAAUUUAAUAUAUGACAAUAGGAUUGAAUUCUACAGAAGCUAUUCCUACAGUAAUAAAUUAAUUCAAUUCAAUAUUGAAUAACCAAAUAGAAUCUUAUGAAGUUUAAAGAUUUAUAGAUGGUCCAAAUAUCGCUUUUUCUGGUAUUAACUAAUAAAGGAUCAAUUAAGUAUAAUUCAGCAUUAAUUUUGAAUAAUUGUAACAGAAAACAAUAAGUGGUAUAAUUUCUGAAGCGACUCCUCAAUAUAUUAAAAUAGUACAAGUUACAAAUGCUUACUUUUACUUUAUUUAGUCUUCAAAUCAAUUUGUAGAAGUUUACUAUUGUACUUCAGACAUGAAUUGUGCAUUUACAAUUUAGGUAUUUUUUGAAUUCAAUUUAUCAUUAAUAUACCAUGAAUUUUUUGUUUAUGGCAUUGAUGUCUAUAUCGUAGUUAAAAAUAAUCAAUAAUUAGAUGUUUGGAAAAUAUCUGAAACACUUAUUUAUUAGUGUACAAUUUAUCCAGACCAAGAUCAUUAUAUUAUUCAAUUUCAAUAUAUUAAUAAAUUUUUGGCAGUACUCUACUCUAAUCAAUUAAUUAUUAUUUAUAAAGUCAUUGAUAAAUGUUAAAAAUCAUAAGUACUUACUACAGAGUUCAUCUAAAAUUUUAAUAUCUAAUGGAAUCCUUCUUACAUUUAAACCAAUGAUUAUCAUCAAAUUUUAUAUGUUUAAACUGCCAUGUAGAUAUUGCUUAUUUCAAUUAAAGAAAAUGAAAUAUUUCCAAUUAACAUAAUUCCUCUUAGUUAUAAUUAAACUAUCACCAUUUUUUCUUUUUAAAAUAUCAUUUGGAUUUACUAUAAGGAUACAGCUGUCAUUGAAUCAUUUAGAAUAACUUCCAUUAACAACAUAUAAUAUCAAAGCACUGUUUCCUUAUAUAAUGUCAUUCCUAAUAGGUUUUACCAUAAUUAAUAUUCUCAAUAUGUCUAUUUUUAAAAUAGUCAGGAUAGUUUAGGCACUAUCUAUGUAUAUUGUAUGGAAUGUAGUAGUCACAAUGCCUUAUUAACAACUUUCUCUACAAAAUAUAAAUUAUUUUAUCCUGUUUCUAAUUUAUUCAUUAUAGCUGAUAUCAAUCAUUACUUUGAAAUAACCCAGAAUAUUAAAUAUUCCAUUUAUUAUUAAGAUAUAGAUAAUCCAAAUUAUUUAGUAAAAGUUAAUACAUUCUUAAUUGUUUCAAGUUAUGAUAGCAAAGAACAAUACAAAUAUUUAGUUAAUUCAACUCUUGUUAAUCCCUAUACAAGUAUUACCGUUAAUAAAACAGAAUUAAAUCUUGAAGAAUUACUCACUUAAAAUAGACCUAUAGGUUAUUGUCAGAGUAAAUAUUCAUGGUAUACUGGAUAAGUCGUGGAUAUAACUUUAAAAAGUGCAUAGCUGAAAUUAAGAAAAUCCAUGCAUCUUUUAGAAAAGCAAAUAUGUUCUUCAGGAUUAGAUAUUAAAGAAUAUGUAUCAGAUUCUAUUCUCAUAUUACAUGACGAUAAAAUUGUCAAAUUAAAUAUGACUACUAAAGCUUAGUAAAUUUAUUUCUUAGAUACAAAUCUUACUUAUAUCAAAAUAAUUUCAGUUUAUAAAGAACUUAUUUUUAUUUCAUCUUAUACAAUUGUACCUAAAUUUUCUUAUGCCAUUUCAAUCAUUUAAUGCGAUAACAAUUUUCAAUGUCUCAAUAACCUUGAUUAUCUUAUUUUAAAUGCUGAUCCUAAAUCAAUUUAAGUUUUAUAGAAUUUGUUUUUUAUAAUUUCAGAUAUAUCUAUUGAUGUUUUCUCCUUUCAAGAUGAUAGAAUAACAUAUAUUCAUAAUUUUAAUUAUUCUUAACAAGCAUAUUUUUAAGCUAUUGUUUCCCCUGAACUAAAUUAUUUUCAAGUUUACUCUAAAAAAUCUAAUUUAUUAAUAAUUUCUUUGUAUCAACUAAAGGAGAAUCACAUCAUUUAAAUAUAAUAAACUCAGAUUGAUUUAUUGGUAGUUAUUUAAUAGAUUGGCUAUUAUAUUGAUCCCAAGACUUUGUUUUAUAGGAUUAUAAUCAACAAAAGUAAGACUUAAUAAUAAUUAUUUACUGUUGAAUUAUUCUGUUAAUCAUAUAAGCAUUCACACUAUAUUUUGUAAAUAUAAUCCAUUUGUAAAAUCUCAUAAGAUUCUUAUCAAUGUGAUAUUAAUAAUUAUAAAGUGUUGUAAAUACUUCAAGGAUAUGGUAAUUGGCCUUCCAGUUAAGUUAGAAUAUAUAAAGAAUAAUAUUUAUUGAUGAAUUACUAUUAAACUACAACAUAUAUAAGUGCUCUUUAUAAUUUGCAAUUAAAUUAUGUUCAUCCUACUAUUUCGUCUACAUUAUUUUCAGGAGCUAUUUUAUAUGAAAAUAUUUCAGUCUCGUAAUAAGCAUUUUUUACAUAAGAAUCUUAAAUAUACUUAUUAACAAAUGUAAUUAAUAAGGAAUUUUUUGCGCUUUAUGAAAUUCAUAACACUACUAAAUUUUGUAUUUAUGAUCAUUUAAGAUCAGAACAGAUUUAAAUUACUCUAAAAAACAAUUUUCAUGAAAAAAAUGAUACAAUAGAAGUAAAUCAAAAUAGUGAGUAUGAUGAGAACAAAAGCUUAAAAUUCAUAUUUUGGCUUGUAUUUGGAAUUAUAUUCGUAUUUCUUUUAGGAAUACUGUUAUUUGGUUGCUAUGUUAAAUACAAAAAGAGAUAAGCAGAAAAUUAAUUAAUUUUAUGA